AUGGCGGACAUCCAGCACAAGCGGGUAGCACUCAAGCUCAAGCAGGCGUGUGAGGAGACGGCAGCGCAGGCCAUCGCGGCCACUACUGCCAGUGGACAGGCGAGUCGUAUCCACGGCAAAAACCGCAAAUUCGGUAGCCGGAAAGAGGCAAUGGCAGCCAAGAUAGCAGCAGCUAAAGCCAAACGUGAAGCAAAAGAGGCAGCAGACAAGUGA